AUGAACGGAGAACAACGAACAUCAUCCGAGCAGCCCACCGGUGGCUUUGCUCCCAUUAACACGGGAAAGAAUGGCGAUUCCUCCGAUGAAGAAUAUGGAGACAUUUCCAGCCCUACGAGAGAUACCCACCGCGACACGAUGAUGAUCGACGAGGAGGAUAGGAGGGAACUUCAGAGAAUUGCAACAAACCUUUCGCGGCAUCAAAGUUUGGCCAGCAACGGCCGUCCACUUUCUUCACAUACCUCUUACGGCCAAAACGAUCCCGCCUUGGACCCUGCAAGCAAGUCCUUCGAUCUUUCGAAAUGGCUCCAGGCUUUUAUGCGAGCCAUGCAGAAUGAGGGUAUCACCCUCAAGCACGCUGGUGUCGCCUACAAGGAUCUCAAUGUUUCUGGCACCGGCGCUGCUUUGCAGCUGCAACAGACCGUUGGUGACUUCCUUCAAGCACCUCUCAGAAUCGGCGAGCACAUUAGUUUCGGAAAAAAGGAGCCCAAGAGGAUCCUCAACAGCUUCGACGGCCUGCUCAAGAGCGGCGAGCUUUUGAUCGUUCUUGGACGCCCUGGUUCCGGAUGCAGUACUCUCCUGAAGACCAUGACUGGUGAACUACAGGGUCUGAGCAUUGGAGAUGAGUCUGUCAUCCACUACAACGGCAUUCCACAGAAGAAGAUGAUGAAGGAGUUCAAAGGAGAGACCGUUUACAAUCAGGAGGUUGACAAGCAUUUCCCCCAUCUUACCGUCGGUCAAACACUCGAAUUCGCCGGCGCCGUUCGCACACCAUCCAACAGACCCUUGGGUCUGAGUCGCGAGGAGGCUCAUAAAAGGGGAGCCCAGGUUGUUAUGGCAGUCUGUGGUCUUAGCCACACCUACAACACUAAGGUUGGAAAUGACUUCGUCCGUGGCGUCUCUGGCGGAGAGAGAAAGCGUGUCUCUAUCGCCGAGAUGAUGCUUGCUGGCUCUCCCAUGUGCGCAUGGGAUAACAGCACUCGUGGCUUGGAUUCCGCGACCGCUCUGAAGUUCGUUCAGUCGCUGCGCCUUGCCUCCGACUUCACCGGCAGUGCCAACGCUGUUGCAAUCUACCAGGCCAGUCAGGCCAUCUACGACCUCUUCGAUAAGGCUGUUGUUCUCUACGAAGGUCGCCAGAUCUUCUUCGGCCCUGCCGUUGCCGCCAAGUCUUACUUCGAGCGCAUGGGUUGGGAUUGCCCCCAGCGUCAGACCACGGGAGACUUCUUGACCUCGGUCACCAACCCCAUCGAGCGCAAGGCUCGCCCGGGCAUGGAGAACCAGGUCCCCAGAACCCCCGAGGACUUCGAGGCAUACUGGCGUGCAUCUCCCGAGUACCAAGCUCUCCGCCAGGAGAUAGAGCAGCACACUGACGAGAACCCUAUUGAUCCCCACGGCCAUGCUCUCACUGAGCUACGCCAGCAGAAGAACGACAGGCAGGCGAAGCAUGUCCGCCCCAAGUCUCCUUACCUCAUCAGUCUGGCGAUGCAAGUGCGACUUACCACGAAGCGCGCCUACCAGCGAAUUUGGAACGAUAUCUCGGCUACAGCUACAUCGGCUGUUCUCAACAUCAUCUUGGCUCUCAUCAUCGGUUCGGUCUUCUACGGCACUCCUGACGCUACUUCCGGUUUCUACUCCAAGGGUUCUGUCCUGUUCCAGGCUAUUCUCAUGAACGCUCUCACUGCUAUUUCUGAAAUCAACAGUUUAUACGAUCAGCGGCCAAUCGUCGAAAAGCAUGCCUCUUACGCCUUCUACCAUCCAUCAGCCGAAGCCAUCGCUGGUAUCGUCGCAGAUAUCCCGAUCAAGUUCGUGACGGCAACCUGUUUCAACCUCAUCUUGUACUUCCUCGCUGGUCUUCGUCGGGAACCCGGUCAAUUCUUCCUGUACUUCUUGAUCACCUACAUCUCCACCUUCGUCAUGAGCGCCGUCUUCAGAACUAUGGCAGCCAUCACCAAGACCAUCUCUCAGGCCAUGAUGUUGGCUGGUGUGCUUGUCUUGGCUCUUGUCAUCUACACUGGUUUCGUCAUCAGAGUUCCCCAGAUGGUUGACUGGUUUGGUUGGAUUCGCUGGAUCAACCCUAUCUUCUACGCCUUCGAGAUCCUCAUUGCCAACGAGUUCCACGGUCGCGAGUUCGUCUGCUCCGAGAUUAUCCCCGCAUACACUCCUCUGAUUGGUGACUCAUGGAUCUGCUCGGCUGUCGGCUCCGUCGCUGGUCAGCGUACCGUUAGCGGCGAUGCUUUCAUCGAGACCAACUACCAGUACUACUACUCCCACGUCUGGCGCAACUUUGGCAUCCUGCUAGCUUUCCUUUUCUUCUUCAUGAUCAUCUACUUCGUCGCUACUGAGCUCAACUCCUCCACCACCAGCGCCGCCGAGGUUCUCGUCUUCCAGCGUGGCCGCGUCCCUGCUCAUCUUCAGGAUGGCGUCAACCGCAGCGUCACCAACGAGGAGAUGGCCGUUUCCAAGGACCAGGAAACUGAGGCCAACGUCAACUCAAUCCCGCCCCAGAAGGACAUUUUCACUUGGAAAGACGUCGUCUACGACAUUGAGAUCAAGGGUGAACCCCGCCGUCUGCUUGACCACGUCGAUGGCUGGGUGAAGCCCGGAACUCUCACUGCCCUCAUGGGUGUCUCCGGCGCCGGGAAGACGACUCUUCUCGAUGUCUUGGCUCAGCGAACUACCAUGGGUGUCAUCACCGGCGACAUGUUUGUCAACGGCAAGCCCCUUGACGCCAGCUUCCAACGCAAGACUGGCUACGUUCAGCAGCAAGAUCUUCACUUGGCUACCGCCACCGUCCGCGAGAGCUUGCGCUUCAGUGCCAUGCUCCGCCAGCCCAGGACUGUUUCGAAGGAGGAGAAGUUCGCUUUCGUUGAGGAGGUUAUUGACAUGCUCAACAUGCGCGACUUUGCCGAUGCUGUCGUUGGUGUUCCCGGCGAGGGCUUGAACGUCGAGCAGCGCAAGCUUCUUACCAUCGGUGUCGAAUUGGCAGCUAAGCCUAAGCUUCUUCUCUUCCUUGAUGAGCCUACCAGUGGUCUCGACUCCCAGAGCUCCUGGGCCAUCUGCGCUUUCCUCCGCAAGCUGGCCGAUGCCGGUCAAGCCGUCCUCUGCACCGUCCAUCAGCCCAGCGCCAUCCUCUUCCAGCAAUUUGACCGCCUGCUCUUCCUCGCCCGCGGCGGUAAGACUGUCUACUUUGGUGAUAUCGGCGACAACUCCCGCACCCUUCUCAACUACUUUGAGGGCAAUGGUGCUCGCAGAUGCGGCGACGAGGAGAACCCCGCUGAGUACAUGCUCGAGAUUGUCAACAACGGAGCCAACUCCAGGGGUGAAGACUGGCACAGCGUCUGGAAGUCUAGCAAUGAGCGCCACGGUGUCGAGGCCGAGAUUGAGAGAAUCCACCUCGAGAAGCAGCAUGAAGAGGUCGCUGGCAGCGAAGAUGCUGGUGCCCACUCUGAGUUUGCCAUGCCCUUCAGCACCCAGCUCAUAGAGGUCACCGGUCGUGUCUUCCAGCAGUACUGGCGCAUGCCCAACUACGUCUUCGCUAAGUUCUUCCUCGGUAUCGCUGCAGGUCUAUUUAUUGGUUUCUCCUUCUGGAAGGCCGACGGUACCAUGGCCGGCAUGCAAAACGUUAUCUUCGGUGUUUUCAUGAUCAUCACUGUCUUCUCCACCAUUGUCCAGCAGAUCCAGCCUCACUUCGUCACACAGCGUGCCCUCUACGAAGUGCGCGAACGCCCCAGCAAGGCUUACUCUUGGAAGGCAUUCAUGUUCGCCAACGUCAUUGUCGAAAUCCCCUACCAAAUCGUUACCGGUAUCCUCAUCUGGGCUUGCUUCUACUACCCCAUCAUCGGCAUCCAGGGCUCCGUCCGCCAGGUCUUGGUCAUGCUCUACGCCAUUCAGCUCAUGAUCUAUGCGUCCUCCUUCGCCCAGAUGACCAUCGCUGCCUUCCCCGAUGCCCAGACCGCCUCAGGUGUGGUUACUCUCUUGGUCCUCAUGAGCUUGACCUUCUGCGGUGUCUUGCAGUCCCCUACUGCCCUCCCCGGCUUCUGGAUCUUUAUGUACCGCGUGUCCCCCUUCACCUACUGGGUUGCUGGCAUCGUGGGUACCCAACUAUCCGGCCGACCCGUCACUUGCUCCGCCACCGAGACCUCUGUCUUCAACCCGCCUGCCAACCUGACAUGCGGCGAGUACCUGGCGGAUUACCUCAAGCUCGCCCCCGGCCAGCUCCAGAACCCCGAGGCUACUGAGGCUUGUCGAUACUGCUCUCUCAGCAAUGCCGAUCAGUACUUGGCCGGCAGCAACAUUUUCUAUGAUGAGCGCUGGCGCAACUUCGGUAUCGUCUGGGCUUUCAUCUUCUUCAACAUCUUCAUUGCUGUUAUUUCUUACUACCUCGUCCGCGUCAAGAAGUGGAACUCCGGCUCGUCCAAGCCCAAGAAGGAGUCCAAGGGAAAGGAGACGGCGACACAAUAA